GAGGGGGCAACAUGGCGGCUCCGUCUUAACUUUCCCCCUCGUCAGUCAGCGCCGCCGCCGCUCCCCGCCCCGCCAUGCCGGGCAUGAUGGAGAAGGGAGCCGAGUUCCUGGGGGGCAAGAGCCGGGCGACCCCCAACGGCACCAAGAGCAGUAGCCCCUCCAACGGGCACUACUCGGAGCCGGAGAGCGGCGGCGGCGACAGCGGCGACGAGCACGAUGUAGGAAUGCGGGUCGGAGCAGAAUAUCAAGCUCGAAUCCCUGACUUUGAUCCUGGUGCUACAAAAUAUACUGAUAAAGACAAUGGAGGGAUGCUUGUGUGGUCUCCAUACCAUAGUAUUCCAGAUGCCAAGUUGGAUGAAUAUAUUGCAAUAGCAAAGGAAAAACAUGGAUACAAUGUGGAACAGGCACUUGGCAUGUUGUUCUGGCAUAAACAUAACAUUGAGAAGUCCCUUGCGGAUCUCCCUAAUUUCACUCCUUUCCCUGAUGAAUGGACAGUUGAGGAUAAAGUCCUGUUUGAACAAGCUUUUAGUUUCCAUGGGAAGAGCUUUCACAGGAUCCAACAAAUGCUUCCAGACAAGACUAUUGCAAGCCUUGUAAAAUAUUACUAUUCGUGGAAAAAAACUCGCUCUAGGACAAGCUUGAUGGAUCGACAGGCUCGAAAACUAGCCAAUAGAAAUAAUCAAGGUGACAGUGAUGAUGAUGUGGAAGAAGCACAUCCAAUGGAUGGAAACGAUAGUGAUUAUGAUCCCAAAAAAGAAACCAAAAAGGAGGGCAAUAAUGAACAACCUGUUCAGACCAGUAAAAUAGGGCUGGGUAGAAGAGAGUAUCAGAGCUUACAGCAUCGCCAUCACUCGCAGCGUUCUAAAUGUCGUCCACCUAAGGGCAUGUAUCUGACCCAGGAAGAUGUGGUAGCAGUUUCCUGUAGCCCCAAUGCAGCCAACACAAUUCUUAGACAGCUGGACAUGGAGCUAAUCUCAUUGAAGCGCCAGGUUCAAAAUGCUAAGCAAGUAAACAGUGCACUGAAACAAAAAAUGGAAGGUGGAAUUGAAGAAUUCAAACCUCCUGAGUUGAAUCAGAAAAUCAAUGCCCGUUGGACUACAGAAGAGCAGCUUCUUGCAGUACAAGGUGUACGCAAAUAUGGUAAAGAUUUUCAAGCUAUUGCAGAUGUAAUUGGCAACAAGACAGUUGGCCAAGUGAAGAACUUCUUUGUAAACUACAGGCGUCGGUUUAACUUAGAGGAGGUGUUGCAGGAAUGGGAAGCUGAACAAGGAACCCUGGCUUCUAAUGGUGAUGCUUCUACUUUAGGGGAGGACACAAAAAAUACUUCUAAUGUGCCAUCAGGAAAGAGCACUGAUGAAGAAGAUGAGGGACAAGCCACGCAGAUCACUCAGUGUUUAGGCCCUUCGCCUCCAGCACAGGCAUCUGCUCCAGCAACCCCUGUAGCAACUUUGAACCAGCCUCCUCCGUUACUUCGUCCAACGCUUCCGGCUGCUCCUGCUCUCCAUCGUCAGCCUCCACCACUUCAGCAACAGGCUCGAUUUAUUCAGCCAAGACCAACCCUAAACCAGCCCCCCCCACCACUCAUCCGCCCAGCUAAUUCUAUGCCUCCUCGUCUAAAUCCAAGGCCGGUAUUAUCCACAGUCAGUGGCCAACAGCCACCCUCACUUAUUGGAAUUCAGACAGAAUCACAGUCCACUCUGCACUAAAGAAGUGAAAUAGGCCAGAACUAUCGUAACUCCUUCGAUAAAAUUUUAUCAAUGUCCACUUUUCUCAAAUAAUGAAGGGGAGAAAAGAGCAAGCCUUCCAAGGUAUUGUGAAGCAGUUUUACACAGAGAAGCAAGCUAAUAAUCUUAGCAGUGGAACCACAUGAACGACCAUCUGUAUAAAAGAAUCUUCUGUGCAGAAGUCUUGUACAGCAAAACAAUGCCUACAGUUCACCCUUAUCCAUAUGAAUAACGGUCGAAGGAAGCUAAUCUCUUAAGCAAAUAAAUGUUCUGUGCACC